AGGCUCUGGCUAGGAGGCGCUUAUCUCAGGCAGCUCGCAGAAGCGGCGGCAUGUCUGGCGGCAGCUCACAGGCAACCAGGCUCUGCACGUUGCCCCUGCGUGCAAGCACUGCCCCCAUAGUUCCCCAUUCCUGGCCAAUGGGAGCUGCAGAGUCGGGGUGGGGGCGGUGCACAGAGAUGCCCUGGCCACACCUCCUCCUCAGCCCCGCUGCGCCUUCAGACUUUUAGCACCCUAAAACCUCCCGGAUUGGCUUCAGUAGUCUCCGGGAGAUCAAGCCCAAUUCCAGGAGACUCCCAGCCAAAUCGGGAGGGCUGGCAACUCUAGCGGUCCUUGGGCCACCUGUCGGAGCGGGAGCCAACCAUGCUGGUGAGGAGUUGGCAGGGCUGAGCGGUGGCAGACCAACUCCAAGCGGUACUGAGGGACGUGCCUGGAGUGGACAAAUCAUGCCAAUUGUCUGCGAGAGGGACCUAAAGCUAAACCCAAAAUGAAGAGAGAAAGGGAAGCCUUGUCCAGAGUCCCUAGUGCUCCAGGUUUCGUGCACUUAGUGUGCCUUCUUCUAAUCCACCCAGGUCUACUGGAAGGCGUCAAUAUCACCAGCCCAGUUCUCCUCAUCCAUGGCACAGUUGGCAAACCUGCCCUGCUCUCAGUGAGGUACACCAGCACCAGCAGUGAUAAACCUGUGGUCAAAUGGCAGCUGAAGCGAGACAAGCCUACCACAGUGGUACAGUCCAUCGGCACCGAGAUCAUUGGCAACCUGCGCCCUGAUUACAAGGACCGGAUUAAAAUACUUGAGAAUGGCUCCCUGCUGAUCAGUCACCUGCAGCUGUCAGACGAGGGCACCUAUGAGGUGGAGAUCUCCAUCACAGAUGACACCUUUACCGGGGAGAAGAACAUUAACCUUACCGUGGACAUUCCAAUUUCAAAGCCUCAUGUUGUCCUUGCAUCAUCCACCGUGCUGGAGCUAAGUGAGUAUUUCACCCUGAACUGCUCCCAUGAGAAUGGCACAAAGCCCACCUACACCUGGAUGAAGGACGGCAAGCCCCUCAGCAACGACUCACGGCUGCUUCUCUCCCACGAUCAGAAGGUGCUCACCAUCACAAGAGUCCUCAUGUCUGAUGAUGACAUUUACAGCUGUCUGGUAGAAAACCCCAUUAGUAGCGGGCGCAGCGUCCCGAUAAAGCUGACGGUGUAUAGAAGGAGUUCCCUCUACAUAAUCCUCUCCACUGGGGGCAUUUUCCUCCUUGUCACCUUGGUGACGGUCUGUGCCUGCUGGAAACCCUCCAAAAAAGACAAACAGAAGCUGGACAAGCAAAGCUCCUUCGAAUACAUGGAUCAGAAUGAAGAGCAUUUAAAGCACGAAGUUGAGAUUGUCCCCCGCAGCGGAGAACAUGAACGCAGGAAUCCAGUCGCUCUCUACAUCUUAAAGGACAAGGAUUCUCCGGAGGCGGACGAGGAUUCCCCUCCGGAUGCCAGAACCGCAGCCGAGCAAGGACCGCCCAGCUACUCCAGCUCUCCUCCUGGCAGAUCCCCAGGUCCCCCUGUUCGAUCGGCUCGCAGAUAUCACCGCUCCCCAGCCCGAUCUCCAGCCUCCUCCAGAACACACAAAUCCCCGCCCAGGUCCCCAGGCUCUCCGGUGCGCUCCCGGAGCGCUACACGCAUGCUGCGGACUGCUGGCGUUCAUAUCAUCCGGGAGCAGGAGGAGGCCAACUCUGUCGAAAUCAAAGCCUGAGGGCCUCCAGCUCAUGUGAACAGGAAGCUCCCGCUGCCUAGGAAUGUGUCUCUAGCAGGUGGCAGUGCGUUGGUUUCAGGCGUGUGUAUGGCCGCGUGUUCCGGGUGGUGAAUGGGGCCCAGGUACUGCCUGUAGAUAAAGGGGAAUCGCGUUGCUCCGCUGGCUGGAUGAGCCCAGUUUAAAAUUUACUGUAACCUCAAUGUUUAAGCUUCAGCGAGUUUAAAGACACUAAUUUGCUAUUUAACACUCUAGAGCAAUCCCAGGCAGCUCACUAAGGUUUGGCUUUCUGGGGUGUCAAACUAAUUCCCUCACACUUGAGAUCUGUCCCUACGCAGCUCUACGUGUGUAUGCGUGUGCGUGAGAACCUGUGUGUGUGUGUGUGUGUGCAGCUUAGCAUGAGUAUGAGCAGGCCUGCUUCCGAGUGUGACUGUCUGCCUGAAUGUGCCUCUCGGUGUGACAUUAUGUGAGCCUGUGGGCAAGUACAUUUGCACGUGAGCUUGCACACACGCCCCUGUGGGCUGAUGUCGGCGUGGAGCGUGUCUGUGGGCACACACGUGUGGCCGUGUCUCUGUGUGUGGGGGGGGCUGUCUGCAUGUGCUGAUCAUUGGCCGGGGCUCGCAGACAUUCACAAAGCAUUGCGGUGCUGGUUUCGGAGCUGUGGGAAGGGAGCGGAGGCCUAGGACUGUCAGGACGCUGCUUGGUGAGUCGUUGCUCAUUUACAGAGCUUGCUGCGGGGCUGGAAGGCCCGGUAGAGUCAGCACGUUGCUGAAGCUAGUCCAUGCUUGUGCCGGAGUUUGGCUUGAUGGCUGUGUUCAAUGGAGCCACCCGGUCGCCGAAUGCCGGGGGUUGGGCUGUGCCACUUUCCCCUCAAGGCAAACACAGGAUGUGGACGUUAGGGUAGAUCACAUUCCAGACCAGGCCUUUGCACAGGGGCUUAGUCCAGAAAAGGACACGACCCCCCUCCAAGGAGCCGGUCAGUGACGUCUGCGCUCCCCCUUAUCUGCUUUUCUGCAUCCGAGUCACAGCAAGCUGGAUUUAAACAUGCCCCAAAUGAGCAGGACUCCAGAGACUCCUCUGGUGUGUGAGUGUGCCCCUCCAGCAGGCUGCGUGUGCACACGCACAGGCCGCUGACAAGAGCCGUCCCAGAAUUAAGCAUGCGCCGUCCUUCCAUGUGGCAGCAGCCUUCAGCAGGCAGAACGAAAGGCCACUGGGUGGAGCUGACAGCCACAAAGAAGCUCACUGUGGGUCCCUAAUCAUUACAGGGGACCCCAGCCACAGUGUACUUUAAAGCAGCCUCAGAUCUAAAUUUGCUGGCUGGCUGUGGCCCCAAGGGGGCACACACUAGCUGAGAAUAGCGAGCGCAGUAUGCCCAGGGCUGCACAAGGGCCGGCGUAGGAGCUGGCUGUUCCAGUUGGGACCCCUCCCCGCACCUAUGCCAAGGGGACUCCUGCAGCUUUCCAGCCCUUUGCCCCACCAGACAGCGCAGAGGGCCCAAAACAGCUGCAUGAAGUCACUGCUUCAGCGAGCGCAGAUGUGAGUCCUGGCCCCACCAGGCCCCCAGCCUCAUCCCCUCUUUGCUUGGGCCAGCAGAGCCAGUCAGCUUUGCCAUCCCAGAAGGAGCUGCCCUCCACGGCACUGCCCCUUGGUGAAGCUACAGGUGCAGGCUGGCGUGUGACACCCUGCUGCCUGCAGGGUCAGCUCCACUGACUUCCUAUAGGGCAGCCCCCAGGCGGGGGGCGGGCGGAUGGGGGCCUUUCGAGGUCCCGGACUGGAACUCCAGGUCACUAGCACAGCUUGGGGUAUGUUCUCUUGCUGUGAAAUAGCUUUAUGUCCCGUCUCUGACAUAGAGCUGCAUGUUUCCUCACAGUCUGCUUGCUUCUAGCACGCUGGGCCUUGGGAUUUGCCUGACAGGUGUCUAGUUAGCCCGACUGCUGUCUUCCCUUCCCCCGCCAGCUCUGCCAUGUCUUUAUUUUCUGUAAAAUUGCCUGUUCUUUACACGGACGUUCAGACGUGACACUGGUGCAUAUUCAUGUUUGACAUCUCUGGGGACGGUAGCUAGGAGAAGUGCGGCCCAACCCCCAGCAAUGUGUGAGGAGAGAAGCUGCCAUCUAGCCAGGAGGGGUCAGGGCCCCACGUCCUCUUCACACCCACGAGCUUGUACUGCCUCCUUGUAAGAGCAGACACUGUUGACUAAUAAACUAAACCUACUACCCUCCAGCCUGGCUGCUUUGCUCCAUUCAUCUGCCAUCUGCACUGGAGGACUAUCAGCACUGGAGUGAUUUAACCUGCAUCCUCUCUGCAACGCGGGCAGGUCACCAGCCCUAGGGAGAACGGUGCCAGACUCCAGCCCACCUCCCAGCCAGGCUAGCUGCCCUGGGCUCAAAGCACCCCCACACUCAGGGAGGGAAUGGGGUGGAGCUUGGGGAGAGCCAGGCUAACUGCAGUGAAGACAGACCUUGCGGGAGGAGCUGUCACCUCUGAGCCUAGGACGUCCGGGCGGAUCCUCAGCCCACAGACCUGGACAACUAGCCAGGAGUGCUGAGCCCCGGGCAGAUUUCCUGGGACAACUCCCUCCAAAGAGGGGGUGAUCCUGGGAAAACCUGGUCAGGUGGCAACCCCGGUGGGGGGGACAUUGAGCCCCCCCUGCAAUUAAAGAGUGUGAGGGGAAGGAGGGGGCAAAGUCCAUCCUGUGUGCCAUACCCCAGCCCAAAGCACAGGGCAGCAGAGCCUGAACACCGCCGGGUCGACUCCACCCCACGGGCCUCAGGGCAGAUCCAAGGGGCCCGUGGUCAGUGUCUGAGCCCCUGGGGCCCCAUCACCUUGGCAGGCUGUUGCCAAGGGAGCAAGUGAUGCCCAGGGGGCAGAGGAGUGCAGACAUCUGCGGGAGCUGGGCCAAGACCAAGUAACAGCAGAACCCCCCCCAAAAUCCCAUUUAGUCCCAACCCCUGGGCUGGGGUCAUGUGAUGGCUCUGCCACCCCCCAGGCCUCCCAGUGGCUCUGCCCCCUCUCCCUUGAGCCCCACAAACCCAGCUAUGCAGCCAGCAGCACCGAGCUGCCUGUAUGUAUGUGCCUGCAGCGGGCCACCAGGCCUUGUGCCCGCUGCAUUCCUUUCUGACAGAAGAGGGCAUCCAGGAGACCCUUCAUUUUUUACCUUAGAAACCCAGGGCCUGUCAAGGCUGGAAACUGUGAGGGGAGCAGAGACCCGACACUGCAGGAGGGAAGUGAGCACAAGCAGCAGCAUUGGUGGGGGACGGUCACCAGGCCACGAAAUCCCUGGGGCCCAUUUGCUGGUACCAGGCGUUUAACGCCAAUAACUCAUUAAUGCUUCAGUUAAAGGAACCCUGUGCCAGAGCUCCAGCACCCCUCUCCUCCCAGUAGCAGCCUCUGAGACACCAGGGAGCCAGGCCAGGCCUGACGUGACUGGAGCUGUGCACAAAACUGGGCUUCCAGUUUGCUGGGCAGAGUGAAACAUUUGGGGCGGGGGGGGAUUUGUUUCAGGUUGGCUCGAAAUGAAAUUUUUUUCAGUGGACUGAACUAGUUGAAAAAAAUCGAAUUUCUGGUUGAAUGAAACAUUUUGCUCAGCCUGAAACAAAGCGCUUCGGCGCUAAGGUUUUUAAUCUUUUUCAAACAUAGUCACAUAUCACAACAGAAAGUUGUGAUUUUUUUCCAGAAUUUUUAUUUUGGGUUUUCGGGGUUUUUUUUCAUUUUGUUUAUUAGGCAAAUUCAACCCAGAUUUGUGAAAUGUUUCCACCAACCCAAAUCUGUGUUUUUGGUGAAAAAAAGCCUGGGCCGAAAGAUUUCGCCCAGCUCUGAUGGUUAAUUCUAAGUCUAUACUUGGGGAGGAGGGCGGGGGAUUGAUCUAAGAUACGCAACUUCAGCUAUGAGAAUAGCGUCACUGAGUCGACGUAUCUUAGAUCGACUUAGAAUCACUUACUCCGCGUCCUCGCAGCACGGGAUCAACGGCCGCCGCUCCCCCAUCGACUCCGCUUCCGCCUUUCGCCGAGCUGGAAUACAGCAGUCGACGGGAGAGCAAUCGGGGAUCGAUUUAUCGCGUCUACACUACACGUGAUAAAUUGAUCCCCGAUAGAUUGAUCGCUACCCGCCAAUCCGGCGGGUAGUGUAGACGUACCGUAAGGCUGGCUCCGGGCAGAACAGUCCUCCGCCAGCUUUGUCAUGCCGAAGCCAAACAAUAGCCCCAGUGCCACGUGAGCAAGCAAUGGGGAAUCGCUCAUCUGAGAGCCUGUGCCACUGUAGAGCGCGCCUCGGGACGGAAUGCACCGUACAGCACACAGAGAACGUGGUCUUUGCUGUAACUGGGUGUGGCAUGAACCAAGUCUCUGUGCUUCCUUGCCUGCCUCACAGGACUGGCCAACUCAUGACCCCAGGGCUGGUGCCUGAAGGAUGAGCUGAUCCAGAAUUUGGGGAAGCCGUUUAUAGAGCUGUUUGUUCAACACACUGAAGAGAAAGAGGCACGAACCCCGCCAGAAGGAGAGCCAUGGCCCUCCUUCAGGAACAGCGCCUGGCGUCUGUACUAGCCAGGGCCUGGUGCUCACCCCGUCACUCCCGUCACUGGUGUUGAGCAUGCAGGGGGUGGUUGGAUCCAGCCAUAGGUGAGCUGUGGUGCAAACGCUUGUUUGCUGGUUGGUGGGCCCUUUCUGGCCCUUUCCCAGUCAUAGAGAUGGCUGCAAAGUGGAAUCGCUUUGGGCUCAGUGUGCGGUUAGAAUCGUUAGGGCAAUUGGACUGUUUGAGGCUCCACUCCGCUGGACGAGUGCAGCUCCUGGAAUGGCCCUCUCCAGAUCCUAACCAGCACUCAGAUACUGAGCACACAGUCACUGCGGAAAUGCUGAAGGCAGAUGCAGAUUCCUAGGGUAAAUCAGACAGAAAAAACUGGGUUUGCAGUAAAAGUCUGAGGCCGACUUCUCCCAUCAUAGAGGAGAAGUAAAAGUCACACUAGUCCUCCUUUGGGCCAUGGGAGGAGCAGAGGGGAUUCCUGCUGGAGAGGUGCUGUACAAUCACACGUCUCUUUCAGCUGGAUUGUGGCCUGCCACAUUGGACUGAGGGAUGGACCUGCCUGCCUCUCCCCAUGUCGUCAGCUCCGCUCUCCAUGGCAAUGUACGUGUCACUCCUCCUUGCACUUUCCUCAUUAUGAGACCAACUUCGCUAUAGCGGGGAAACAGGCCCCUUUCUGUGUUUCCUAGUUUCUGUUCCCAGCUGUACUUGAUGUAGAAAGCGUACAAUAUAUUGUAAAGGGAGACCCAGCAAUUAAAAAGCCUAAAGGAAAUGCACAGGA